AUGCCCUCCUCCAAGAUCUGCGUGCGAGCGUCCUCCAGCGAGGCUCGUGCAUCGGUGGGGUUUGUGGAGGCGGAGAUGGGCGUCUUCAGGCCGGGAGGAGGAGGAGCGGUAGUCUGCGGCCCAGUUAACUUCAGCCUACUGAGGCCCAAUUGUUUCUUCGGCCGUCGUCUGCAUUCGUUUGUGUGGACGGAAGCGUGUAGCCCGCCCGCGACGAGUCAGACAAAUCUUAUCGUCGUCCACGAGCGGCUCCAGCCUCUCCUGCCUGCCAUGAUCGCCAUGGCCGCGCGCUGCUUCUUCUACUUCUCCCCUAAACCCCGCCCCUCCUUCACCACACGGUGCUCCUCCUCCUCCCCGCCACCACCAGGGGGGAAGGGAGGAAAGGGGAAGGCGCUGAGGGAGGACUGGCGAGAGAAAUCCAGGCCCAUCCCUCCCGGGGGCGUCUACCCGGCCAAGGACAAGUGCAGCAACUGCGGCCUCUGCGACACCUACUACAUCGCCCAUGUCAACAACGCCUGCGCCUUCCUCGGGGACGGCAUGUCCCGCGUCGAGGAUCUGGAACCAGUGGUCCAUGGGAGGGGCAGGAAGGAUACCAUGGACGAAAUGUACUACGGGGUGCACGAGCAGCUCCUGUAUGCCAGGAAAACGGAACCUGUUCAAGGAGCCCAGUGGACAGGAAUAAUCACAACAAUCGCAGUUGAGAUGCUGAAAGCAAAUAUGGUUGAUGCCGUGGUUUGUGUACAAAGUGAUCCAGACGAUAGGUUCGCCCCGAGGCCUGUUUUAGCCAGGACCCCAGAAGAAGUGAUUGCAGCCAAAGGUGUCAAGCCAACAUUAUCGCCUAAUCUCAAUACACUAGCCUUAGUGGAGGCAGCUGGUGUAAAGCGUCUUCUCUUUUGUGGUGUCGGUUGUCAAGUGCAAGCUUUGAGAUCUGUAGAGAAGUACCUUGGCUUGGAAAAGCUUUAUGUGCUCGGCACGAACUGUGUGGACAAUGGUACUCGUGAAGGACUUGAUAAAUUUUUGAAUGCUGCAAGCAGUGAACCAGAAACUGUUCUACAUUACGAAUUUAUGCAAGACUACAAGGUUCACUUAAAACAUUUGGAUGGGCAUAUAGAAGAGGUGCCUUAUUUUUCCCUGCCAGCCAAUGAUUUGGUUGAUGUCAUUGCACCAUCAUGCUACAGCUGCUUUGACUACACAAAUGGCUUGGCGGAUUUAGUGGUGGGCUAUAUGGGAGUACCGAAAUAUUCUGGCGUUUCUAUGACUCAGCACCCUCAAUAUAUUACAGUCAGGAACGAGCGAGGGAGGGAGAUGCUCAGCCUGGUAGAGGGCCUUUUGGAGAGCACGCCAACAGUCAGCAGUGGCGCUAGGCAACCAUUUGUGAUGGAGACAGUGAAAGCUGAUGAUGCUGCGAAAAUGGGAAAAGGCCCUUCUAAUCCAGCUCCCAUAUUUGUGGGCAACAUCAUUGCCUUCCUGCUAAACCUGAUUGGGCCCAAGGGCCUGGAGUUUGGUCGCUACUCUUUGGACUACCACACGAUAAGGAACUACCUGUAUGUGAACCGGGCAUGGGGAAGCUCAAGAGCGGAGCAGCAUAUGCCAUCGUAUGCCAAGAAAAUCGUGGAGGCGUACAACAAGGAUGGACGCAUCGACUCGAUGCUUCAGCAAAACAAAUAGUCAAGUGUAUAUGUAGUACACACGGCCACGCGAUCCGUGUAGUAGUAAUAUAGUGUUAGCCAGCAAAACAAAUAAUGAGUUCCCUGCAGAAAUAUUUACUUCAGACAGCGAGUGGCAGUGGCACUCGUCGCGCUCAGGUUUCUGAUUUGGAUCUUCCCCAACAGGCUCAAGGAUCAACUCUCUAAUGAUGCAAUAGAACUAUCUAUACAAGUAGUUUCUUCACUUGGGCUGCCCGACAGUUUCAAGGAAAAUGGGUCCGUUGAAGAGCCUUGUCUAUAGACUGAUAUGUGAACAAAGAAGAUCGACACUUGCUGCCAAAUGUGGCAUGUCUAUAGACUGGUUCGUGUAA